GACCUAUGGCUCUCUCUUUUCAUUUUUACUUUAAUGUUUUGAUUUGCAAAUUUGUCAGAGGCUCAAAACCCCUCCACCACUCUAAGGAAUAAAGCAAAGGGAACUCCUCACAUAACAGAUGCAAUAUAAAAGAUUAUGGGAUGGUAUCCAUAUUUUCAGCAUAGCAAUAGAACAGCCAACUGAAUGCAAUGCACAUGAAUGCACAUUAUCAGUAUCAGCAGUAUAAAACCAGAAAAUCUUGGGAUACAAACAGACAAUGAGCAAUACGACAUACAUUGCAGCGCAUCUAGAUCUACCAUUUCUAACAGUCUAUAGGAUAAACACAACCUCUCAGAUGUAAAAAAAAUAAAUAAAUAAAAUGAGUUAGUGUGAUCACAUACCAACCUCAACAAAUAUUAGUAUUGUGAUAAAAAUUUUCUUUUCCCAUAUAUACAGUUUAAGGGGGAUUUUUUCAGUUUGCGUUAAAAAAUAAUAGUAGAAAAGAAUUUGUUACCAUCUACGAAUAUAUUUCUCGCAAGUUGAUGUAUUCAGAGAUCAAAGAAUGUUUUGGAUAUACCAAUGAAAGAUGUAUGCAUACCGCAAUUUUACAGCACAGUUCACACAGUCACAUAUACUGACAAACAUUACUUGAGAUGAAAUACUAACUGGCGAAGUCAAAACAGUGAAACACUUUGGUGUUUAUCUGUCACUACGGCUUGAGACAGACAGGGAGAGAAUAUUUUUUCUGCAUGGUUUCCUUCGCUGAGAGGCUGAGACCGUCUCCCUCGGGAUCCCAUCAGAUGGGGGACUGUGCGAGGAGACAUGUCUAUGUGCAUGCGUGAAGAGUGAGAGAGAGCUAGAGCGAGGGAAAGAGCAUGUGUGUGCACACAGAAAGGAAAGGGGCAGAGUGUGAGUGCGAGCGCAGAUGAUGCUGCUCGUGGAAGGAGAUGGUGCUGGUUUUGGCUUUCCUUCCUGUGCUACAAGAUUUUCCCCACUAAGGUUUGACCUCUGCGUCCUGUCAGUUUGGCACCUCAGCUUCCUGGGGAGACACAGAACGACAAAGGGAAGGGAGGAGGGUGGUACAGGCAGAGGAUAUCAUGUGCGCGCUAUAACUAAAGACAAGGAGCAGACAGAGUUGGAGAAGAGGGGAAAUAAGACACAAGGCAGAAGCUGCAGACACCGUCCCUUUAUUGGCCAGAACCAGCAACAAAGACAAAAGAGGUGAAGCCACUGAAGCCGAGACUCAGCCUCGUUAUUCUUCGGAUUCCAUGUGCCACUGGCAUCACAUCGAGGGCGAAUAGGAUGUCUGUGUCUGGAAAAAAGGAGUUUGACGUGAAGCAGAUCCUCAGGCUCCGCUGGCGCUGGUUCAGCCACAGCACUCAGACCUCAGCUGGGAAUGGAGGCUACAUCCAACAGGAAGGUUUCGACCACCGGGGAACACCGGUCCGGCUGAAGAGUCACUCCCGGGACAGAGGAGGACUCCGCAAGAACAACAGCCCCGUGCACAGCAUUCUGGCACCGAACCCUGGACCCACGCCUGUUUAUGUCAGGCCAGGCGAUCAAUCAUGGCACCAGCAAAACAUCAUCCAGCACCUCCAAGCCAGCGAGGAGCUUCCCAAGAGCAACUCACCUUGCAGUGCCAGGAAAGAGGAGGUGAAGAGCAGCCAUGAGGAUGUGAAGAGCAAUCCGGAGGAUCCCUGUGAGGAGGAAACCACAGACAGGUUGGCUUUGAGCAGUUUCUCUAGGAUGAGCUCCAACUGCUCAGAUGAGUUUUUCCAGGCCACAAACCAUGCGGAACAGACCUUUCGAAAGAUGGAGACCUAUCUUCAGCACAAGCAGCUGUGUGAUGUACUUUUGAUAGCUGGAGAUCACAAGAUCCCCGCACACAGACUUGUCCUGAGCGCGGUUUCAGACUACUUUGCUGCCAUGUUCACCAGUGAUGUGAGGGAGGCAAAACAAGAGGAAAUUAAAAUGGAGGGUGUUGAUCCUGGGGCGUUGCGAGCGCUGGUUCAUUUUGCAUAUACUGGAGUCCUGGAGCUAAAAGAGGAGACAAUUGAAAGUCUUUUAGCUGCUGCUUGUCUCCUCCAGCUCUCACAAGUUAUUCAGGUCUGCUGUAACUUUCUGAUGAAACAACUGCACCCAUCCAACUGUCUGGGGAUCCGUUCGUUUGCUGAUGCUCAGGGAUGCAUGGAUCUUUUGAACGUUGCUCACAACUACACUACGGAACACUUUCUAGAGGUCAUUCAGAAUCAGGAGUUCCUCUUGCUGCCCACAACGGAAAUUAUCAAGCUUUUGGCCAGUGAUGAAAUCAACGUUCCAGAUGAAGAAACGAUUUUCCAAGCACUGAUGAUGUGGGUUCGCCAUGAUGUGCAGCACCGACAACAGGAUCUGGGAGUGUUGCUGGCAUAUAUUCGACUUCCACUUUUACCACCACAGCUUCUUGCUGAUUGGAAAUGGUCUACAGCAAUAGAGAAAUACGACCUUCGCACAAACAGAUGGACCCAAGUUGGCAUGAAUAGGCGAAGACUUCAGUUCGGCGUGGCAGUGAUCGAUAACAAGCUCUACGUGGUUGGAGGAAGGGAUGGACUCAAGACCUCUAACAUGGUGGAGUGCUACAACCCAAUCACUAAAGUGUGGUCCACCAUGCCGCCAAUGUUGUUCGCUGUUGGCGGUCGUGAUGGAAGCUCGUGUCUGCGAUCGAUGGAAUGUUUUGAUCCUCACACCAAUAAAUGGAGUAUGUGUGCACCCAUGUCAAAGAGGAGGGGAGGAGUGGGCGUGGCCACAUAUAACAGUUUCUUGUAUGCAGUCGGAGGACAUGAUGCACCAGCUUCAAACCAUUGCUCACGUCUCUCUGACUGUGUGGAGAGGUAUGACCCCAAAACAGACACGUGGACCACAGUGUCCUCUCUGAGCGUCCCCCGGGAUGCAGUGGGGGUGUGUCUGCUGGGAGACAGGUUAUAUGCGGUCGGAGGAUAUGACGGUCAGACCUACUUAAACAGUGUCGAGUCCUAUGAUGCACAGAACAAUGAAUGGACUGAGGAGGUCCCUCUAAACAUCGGGAAGGCGGGGGCAUGUGUGGUGGUCGUGAAACUGCCUUGAAGGCUCAGAAUCUGAACUGUGACCUCAAGAAGAGGCCUGCGAUGUCAACACUUGGAAUGCUCUUUUCACGUAGUACACAAAGCUCAUCAAAGCCAUCGUCAACACUGGAUUCAUCUCAACAGAUUUAGACAGCCGUGUGCAGUUCAUUCUGUUUUCGCUCAGAUAUUCAGAACUAUUACAGACUGGAAUAAAAGGGAAAAAAAUAAUUCUUGUAAGAUUUUACUUAAUUAUAUGAGACAUUUUAUAUGAAAAGAAUACUUUUGAAAAUGUAUCCAAACAGAAUUUGAAUUACAAUUUAUCAUUUUAAUAUUUACAUCUUGUCAACCUCAUCACAUUUUUGACAUUAUUAUAUCUUUUAACUAUAUGAAAAUCAAAUGUAAUUUUAAAGACAGCAGCAUACAUGUUUACUUGUGCAAUUUUGUGGAAAGUGUAUUUUAAUCUUAGAUAAAUGAUUUUAAAAGACCACUGUGAAUACUUCCAGCUGUACGCUUGCAACAGAACACUCUGGUUUACCCAAAAUGUUUGUGGACACACACUCAUGCAGUUCUCAUCUGAAUACAUUUUUUUGGUCUGAGACUAGGUUCAGCACGAAAUUACUUCAAGAAACUGUCUCUGAAGUAGAAAAAAAGCAAAAAAAA